AUGAUCGUAUUACCAGUAGAUGGUUCUCGCAACCCGAUACACCACGAGACAGCAUUUGCGAUGAGUAGCUCUUCAGAAUCAAGAGGUAAUUCUAAUAAGCCCAGGUCGUUAUCCACACCACCGACAUCUAUUGGACCUAGUAGCUCCCCUCUCAAGUGUAGCACCCCUCCCAUGUGUAGCUCGCCUCCCAUGAGUAGCCCUUGCAUCCCGUCACGCGCAAAGACUGUUGCCAAUAAUUCUGCCCUUCACGUUGAUGAGUUUAGCACUGCAAAUCCAAUGCAGAGCUUGGGUAACGGCGGUCAUCGCAAGUGCCCCAUCACGUAUGGCUCAGUUCAAGGUGGCCUCCAAUAUGAGGAUUGCAACCCACCUACAAAGAAAUUCAAGCCUCUCCAAACUACGUGGAACACUCCUGCGCCCUCACCAGAAGCUACAAACUAUCUCAAUGAACGCAGGCUCGAACUAUCGCGCAUCACUCGCCGGGCUAUAGCCGCGAGAAUGCGAUAUCAACGCCUCCGCUGCCGCGAACUAGAUCUCAUAAGAGCUAUCCUGGAAGGUGAAGAAGACUUGUCCCAAACAGAGAUGAAGGGGAUUGACGCUCAAAUUGGUGCUAUCUGCAACAUCCUCGAGGAUGCAGGAGUUACGGCGAUAGGAAACAAAGGUUCUCUUCAGAUGAGUCGGAUAAACCUGGGGCAGCUCCAUUGGUAUCUGGAUCUCUUUGCAGUUCAACCUGUUUCAACAAGUUGGGUCAACGUUCGCACUCGGCUCAGGCCGAGUCCCCUGCCCCUCUUCAAGGUUAUGACCACUGUUAUAAUCCCGUCAUCAUUCUGCUUGACCGAUAAAUAUUACACUAUAUCGACCAUUCAUGUUAUGGAGUCCUGGAUGCCGCAUCAAAGGCCUGAGCGUUUUCUACCAAAUGAAAUUUUCGGAGAUCCGGGGGAGAUCACAGUCUUAUCAUCGAGUCACAAUGAAGGGCAGCCAAGUUUUUGUUUACAAGUCAAUACUGAUAUACUGGUAUCCCGCUAUUUAAUUCGCCUCCCUCGAAUUCUCCCUUACUCCAAAUCCAAGCCCACCAUCAUGUCGUUUCGUACUUUCCCAUACGAUUCAAAUGAUCCCUCCAGUUGCACCAGGCGGCGUACUAGUGGUCGUGACGCAUGCUCCGACUCCGCAUCAUUGGCGUCGACGAGCUUAAUGUCGGCUGACACGACCAGUAAUAUGGGCUCGGGGGACAUAGAGGGAAAGCGGUUCAAUGAGCACAGUCCAACUGAACAACUCGCCCUCACAUGGGCGAAAAGGCGCAUCGUUCUCAACUCCGUUACGACCACAGGCUGGCUCCGAAACAUCACCCCAGAAGAAAAACAGGUAACGAACGGCUACAUCAUCGAGCUCGUUAACCAGGCCAACAUAAAGUUCGGAUGUGAAUUGGAAUCGUCACCGAGGGUAAUAGAAAGCAUUCUAAAGGCCCUCUUGCUCAAUCGUCGACAACUCUCGAAAAUUUCGGAGUAUCUCGCCGAUCCCUACGACAUCGAACCGCCAUCAGAGUUCAACUUGUCGGAACAGGACCACCAAGCUUUCAAGGAUGACCGCGAACACGAGUUAUUAGACUCAGCCUCACCCUUCACCUAUUAA